AAGAUUUGCCUCGCGUUCCCGACUGUAGGCUAUUCCUUGUUAUUUGGCUACAAUCCACAGCUAGGCUAUUUAAAAAAAAAAAAGCUAUAGAUCCUCUGUGGCUUAAUUAUAGGCCUUCCCUUGGUGUAGUAGGCUAUUCUGAAUUAUUUCAUUUGAUUCUGAACAGACAGUGGUAAUUAUAUCACUUUGGCAUAUACAUUCAUUAGGGGUGCUGCAGUUCCUUCAGAUCCCUUCGCGCGAUUCUAUAAGGAAAUACAUAUAGUGCAACGCUGGAGAGUUGCAGGCUCAUGUCUAUCAGAGCAGAGAGGGAGAUAUCAUAUGAAGUUAAUCUAAUUCUAGUUAUGUGAGAGAUACUGGCACGCUUCUCACACAGCCACCGCCACCCGUUGGUCUCAAACGUAGGUUACAAUGUUGAGCAAAUCAUAAAUCCGGCCCAGCCCACCCCGAAUCAACUCUUAGAAUAUUAGGCCCGGGCUAAAAGCAACUUUUUCAUAUUACGUUUUUUUUGUGGGGGCAGGAGAAUUAACGAAUUGGCAACUCGAAUGAACUUUGAUCACUUUUCUUCUAAUUUGUACAUAGCAAAAAGUGUGAGAAUAAAAAUUAAUGCCUAUAUGUCAAUUCCCAGGCUAUUGAGCGCUGCUGGUGCACGAUAUUAAAUGUUGGAGGACCACCCGUGCGCGUGCUGGCUCCCAAUUGCGUAUUCUUCGAUGGCGUGAGGGCGUCAGUAACCAAAGAGGGUCGCGGUGUAGAGUAGAUCUAUAUGAUAUAUAUCACCUCCUCCGCCCCGCUCAAACACCGACCAGGGAACGAAACACCAGUACAUGAGCAGGAGGACACCAUUCAGAAAACCAACCAACAACUGACAGCUUUAUCGCCGUUGAGAACACAGGUGUCUGUGAAAUAUUGGUUGAGUCCAGAGAUACCAGAAAGAAGCUACUGACACAGGUUACUGCUGGAGAGGGCACACCAAUAAACACACAUCACAAAGGUACACACAGCUUAUACAGCUAUGGAGGAUUACGCUUCAUUAAUCAUCUGCCUGGUCAAUCUGAAGUCCUACAUGGUUUGAGUGAUGGACUUGUCUAACUGUACAGAGGGGGUCUUCUCCCUGGGUGGGGGUGAGGAGGGGGAUGGGGGUUCUAUAACCCCACCAAGUAAAAUCAUCCUCACCCUCACCCUGUCCCUGCUCGCUGUCAUGACAAUGGUUAUCAACUCCCUGGUGAUCACAGCCAUCAUCGUAACCAGAAAGUUACAUCAUCCGGCCAACUACCUGAUCUGCUCUCUGGCGGUGACGGACCUGCUGGUGGCCAUCUUGGUCAUGCCCUUCAGCAUCCUCUACAUACAGAGGGAAAGCUGGGUGAUGGGUGAGGCUGUCUGUAAUGUUUGGCUGAGUGUUGACAUCACCUGCUGCACUUGUUCCAUCCUCCACCUGGCAGCCAUCGCUCUGGACCGCUACUGGGCCAUCACUGACGCCGUGGAGUACUCACGCAAACGCACCGGCCUCCGAGCUGGCAUCACUGUCGCCGUCGUCUGGUUCCUGUCCGUCCUCAUAUCCCUUCCCCCUCUGCUGUGGAGGAACCAUGGUGGGGGGCCAGAGGAGGACCAGUGUCUGAUAACGCACCACCACAUCGCCUUUACCCUCUACUCCACCCUGGGGGCCUUCUAUAUUCCCCUGCUCCUCAUCCUCAUCCUCUACUAUAAGAUCUACAGAGCAGCUCAGACUCUGUACCUCCGCAGGGGGGCCAGCAGAGCCAGCCAGCACUCCUCCAUGGUCAACGGAACCACCCUCCCCUCCUGCCCCACUGAUGGAGACCCCCAGAGCCCAGACACCCUGAACCCCCCGGAAAAGUCUUACUCAGACCCCUCCACGGAGGGAGACCGCGUGCGCAUCGCCGUAAAAAGUCCCCAGAGCGAGUCGAGGCGGGAGCGUGAAUGUGGGUUGAGACGGCAGCGUAUCUCAGGGACCAGGGAGCGACGCGCUGCAUCUACGUUAGGACUGAUACUGGGGGCCUUCGUGGUCUGCUGGAUGCCUUUCUUCCUGAAGGAGGUGAUCGUCAACACGUGUGGCUCCUGCAACACCUCCAUAGAGCUGGCUGACUUCCUCACCUGGCUGGGGUACCUCAACUCCCUUAUCAACCCUCUCAUCUACACUAUCUUCAACGAAGACUUUAAGAAGGCCUUCCAGAGACUGGUCAGGUGUAGGCUUCGCCUCUGACACGGGCAGAGAGGACACACAUUUGUUUUUUAUUUAACCUUUAUUUAGGCAGGGUGGAGUCCAAUUUAGACAAAGGUACCUCACACAUACAAGUAUCUGUAGGGUCGCUAAGUCGAACAGUGAAUAUCAAACACAGAUUCAACCACAAAGACCAGUGAGGUUUUCCAAUGUCUCGCAAAGAAGGGCACCUAUGGGUAGAAAACGACAUUGAAUAUCCAUUUGAGCAUAGUGAAGUUAUUCAUUACAAAUACUACAAAUACAGGCGUCCUUCCUAACUCAGUUGCCGGAGAGGAAGAAAACCACGAUUUCACCACGAGGUCAAUGCUGACUUUAAAACAGUUACAGAGUUUAAAGGUACAAUAUUCAGAAAUCUCUCCGCCAUUUCCUGGUUGCUAAAAUUCUAAUACUCCGUCUAAUUUCAGUUUGACAAAACAAGCAGUUUAUAGUGUAGAGAAUCAUUGCACCAUCUAAUCCGCUGUGAAAAAUCUUUACAAUAACCAAAAUAUUGUAUUUUCAACUGUUUGAAGCUGGUGUACAUAACUGAAAGUAAAAGACGCAAAAGCCAUACUUAAGAACGAGAAGCAUAGAAAUAGAACACAGAACAGAUCUACCGCUUCUUACGUUUGCUUUCAAUGAGAAUGACCGUCUAACUCACAUUUCUAUGUGCAUUUUGUCGGUCGCCCAAAAAUGUACAUAUUGAAACUUUAAUGGCUGUGAUAGGAGAAAACUGAGGAUGGAUCAACAUUGUAGUUACUCCACAAUACUAAACUAAUUUACAGGGUGAAAAAAAGGAAGCCUGUACAGAAUACAUAUAUUUCAAAACAUGCAUCCUGUUUGCAACAAGUCACUAAAGUAAAACUGCAAAAAAUGUGGAAAAGAAAUUAACUUUACAGUGCCCUCAAAGUAUUCAUACCCUUUGACUUAUUUCACAUGUUGUUGUGUUGUAGCCUGAAUUCAAAAUGGAUUACAUUUUACUUAAAUGUUUUCUCACACAUCUACACAAAAAAAACCCAUACUGACAAACUAAGUAUCAACCCCCUGAGUCAAUACAUGUUAGAAUCAACUUUGGCAGCAAUUACAGUGACUCUUUCUGGGUAAGUCUCUAAGAGCUUUGCACACCUGGAUUGUACAAUAUUUGCACGUUCUU